GUCCAGGUCCUGGUCCGGUGAGUCCCCGCGCGUGCACGGGGCUGCGGGGGAGCGUGCGCGUGUGACAGUGUGUGUGUAUGUGUGCGCGUGCGUGUGAGGGAGACGUGAGGACACAGAGCCAGAGCCGCGCUCCCGCUCAGACCCGGUCCAGACCCGGUCCAGACCCGGUCCGGAGCCGCUCUGGUCCCGUGGCGGGUCCGGGGUCCGGUUCGGGUCCGGUUCGGGUCUCGUGCGUCCGGAGCGGCUGUAUUUGAUGUGAGGAGGAUGCGCGCGCGUACAGGUGGAGGCCGCGCGCGAGGAGGAGGGGGCGGGGUCUGUCUCCGUUUGAUGUGUCUCCAUGGAAACGGGACUAAACCAGAGAUGGAGGCCCACAGUCUUCUCCUCCUGCAGCAGUUGAACGUUCAGAGGGAGUUCGGGUUCCUCUGCGACUGCACCGUCGCCAUCGGGAACGUGUUCUUCAAAGCUCACCGCGCCGUCCUCGCCGCGUUCUCCAACUACUUCAAGAUGAUCUUCAUCCACCAGUCCAGUGAGUGUAUAAAGAUCCAGCCGUCAGACAUCCAGCCGGACGUCUUCUCUUACCUCCUUCACGUCAUGUACACGGGGAUGAGUCCCAAACAGCCCGUGGACCAGACUCGGCUCCAGGAGGGCAUCCGCUUCCUGCACGCGUACCAGCUGUGCGCCCGCCGCCCGCACGAGCCCGCCGACCAACGACCCCAACGACCCCGCCGACCCCGCCCCCAACGACCCCGCCCGCCCAAAACCACACCCCCACCCCACGCCACCGCCGCCAACGAGGACCUGAGGCAGUCCAACCUGUACGGCAUCCAGAUCUCCUCCCAGAUCAGCGGCGCCAAGGAGGUGUGCGCGUCGUCCUCGGUCUCCAGGGGGCGCCCUCCGUCGGGCGGCGGGGGGCCCCUGUCUCUGUGCGCGGAGGAGGAGCGGCCCCUGUGCUCCGUGGCGUCGGGAGUCGAACCCUCGACCCGGAUCAAAGAGGAACCGGACGACGAGCUGGACCCGGGCUGCCUGCAGGAGGCGCUGCGCCAGAGCCAGGCCUUAGCCAAUCAGCUCGCAGCUCAGCUCCGCCGCAGCCGCGAGGGGGAGGGGCUCUGCCACGCGCCCGACAGUGAGGAGCGUCUAAGCCCCGCCCCCUCCAUGAGGAAGAGGAAGAUCGCGUGCGCCGUGUGCAGUCUGCGCUUCCCCCACAAGAGCGCGCUGCAGGAGCACAUGUACGUGCACACGGGAAAGCCCCGCCUCCACCCGCGCUACGGCCGCUGCACCGGCCCCGCCCACCCCGACCCCGCCCACAUGGACUCAGGGGGCGGGGCCUCCAACGGCAGCUCGUACUCGCUGGACUCUGAGGCGUCACAGGAGAGCGCUGUGGAGGGCGCCGUGUGA